AUGACCAGACUAUACUGUGUGGGCAAUCAGCAGGAGGCUGCAGACCACUGGAGAGAUGAAAACGAAGAAGAGAGGAGCCCCUUCCUAGGGACACAUGGAACACCACUAGAAGAGUAUUACAACGACUGGCCCAUCACUCCCAAAUCACGUUGCUGUGGCUUUGGUGGAUCUAAUCGUGAUGCUCUUAAACUGGGUGCAUCCAUGUUCACCUCUGCCCUGAUCUUCCCCUUGUUGGUGUGGGGCAGCUAUGUCUUCCUGCCCUUUGAUGCUCCUCUGCUCGACAGCGCCCCCCUACGGCUGGUCUACACACUGCGCUGCUCUGUUUUUGCAGUCAUACCUAUUGUCCUUGGUAUGUUGGUAUUAGGUGUGUCCCGUCUGUGGUAUCGAUCCUUGAAGCCACGGUUUGAGGGGGAGAUGGAAGUUAAGCAGGUGGCAGUUCACCAGCGCUAUGUGGAGGACUCCGUCUCCCUCUUUCUGCUUUACUUCCUCCAACUGGCUGUCAUGGCUGCCUACCUGAAUCAGGAUCUGCUUAAACUAGUUCCUCUUCUCACCAUCGUUUUUGCCUUUGGCAGAUUACUGUACUGGGUCGCAGCAGCUUGUGACAGCAGUUGUUGGCUUUUUGGCUUUGGGUUCUCAUUUCUGCCAAUGCUGGUUAUGCUGGUGGCCAACCUCCAUUUCAUCUUCCUCUCUGAAUCUGCAGGCUCCAUCUUUGCCCCAGACAUCCCAGAACCACCUGUUCCUCCAACCAAACAGCGGUUCUGGGGCUAGACAUGCCACAUCUGACAUUUCUGCUACUGCCAAAUGUAGACCAGAUCUCUUUAGGCUUGGAGCCAUCUUAAAUUAGACUAUAAGAAAUUUGGGUCUGAGAACGUUUAAUCCAACUGUGAUUUCAUUUUCCUCUCCUGUUCUUUGCUUUCCUGAGUACAUUUAUAUCAUGACCAGGUGGGUUGAAAUUGCCAGAAAUCCAGUCAAAGGAAAGAGAGGAGGGUAGAAUAAAGGGGGAAUCUGUUUUUUUCUUCUUUUGAACUAACAUAUAAAUAGAAGUUGUGUAGUGAAACUUGAGACACUAAACUACAAAUUAAAAUGAGCUAGCUACCCUUUAUUGCAGCCAAACAUGAGCA